AUGGACAUCCCUAGCAGCGGAGCCAUAUUUACCCUGGGCAAAUCCCAUCUGGCGGAGAAUACGCAGAGUUACUUCUACAUCAAGAACGAUCCGGUGAAGCGCCUGAUAUCCGGUCCCCAUCAGAGCGCUGUCAUUUGUGAAUCUGGCCGGCUAUUUGUUUGGGGCGAGAACCACUAUGGCCAGCUCGGGAUUGGUGGACACGGAGGCGCCUCCGGGAGCAGGAAGGCUGCCAGCAACAGCAGCAACAACAACGGUGACAUUGUGACCAAGCCCACCUGUGUGAAGGCCUUGAAAACACUGGGAUUAAAGAUUUGUGACGCCGCCUUUGGCAACAACUGGGCCGUGAUGCUGACACACUCCAACGAGAUCUUCUUUACGGGUCGCAACAUAUUUCCCGAAGACACGCAUGUGGCUCAGCACUUUACCACCGCCAUGGUGGAGCAGCAGACCUGCACCAUCAUCCGUAAGCCUUUUCGUUUGGAGGAGUUCGACGAUUACCUAUCGAAGAGCGAGGAAACGGACAACUUUAUGGCGGUCCAGGCGGGAAAUGAGCAUUUCGCUGUGUUAACCAGCACCGGACGUCUCAUUGGAUGCGGAUCUAAUGCCCGCCAGCAGCUGGGUGAACUUGAGGCAGACUACGAUGGACAUCCUGUGGAGAUUCGUCUGGAUGCAAAGGUACAACAGUUCGCCUGUGGACCAGAGUCCACUUUAGUGCUGACCGCCAGCGGAAACCUCUUCCUCACCGGUCACCUCAAUGAAUUUGUCUUUCCGCGCUUCACCGAGCUGCAGAAGAACCUGCCACCCACGGAGCAGAUCAUCUUCAUGCACAUCUCCAAGACCAGCGAGGUUUAUAUUGUAACCAAUGUGGGCAGCAUCUACCGAAGCUUUGAGUCUGUGCGGAAUAAGAGCCUGGUCUUCCAGCGCUUCUACGACUACGACAGCGAGGAGAACGGUCCAAUUUGGAAGCUCCUCAAGGGAUUCUCCUUCUAUGCUGUCCUCAGCAAGGCGAACAAGUUCUUUACCACGUUCUCGGAGAGCGGUCAUCACCUGAAGACCUUCCGCGAAAUAUCCAAGUUCAAGAAUCUCCGGCUGCUGGACAUCGCUGUCGGGGAUCAGCACAUACUCGUGCAGGGCAUACCACGGUCCUCGAUGUCAUCGGCUACGGUUGGUGGCUCGGCGGACCCUCAGCGUUAUACAAGCCGUAGCUUCGCUCUGCAGCCUCCGGAUGCGAAUGGCAACGAGGAGCAUGUACGGUCACACAGUGGCAGGAGUCUAACCAAGCAAAAGGGAGUGGAGGAAGCCGAGGAGCGAUCGAUGGCAGCCACUGUGGGAGGGUUGGCAGCUGCAGCCGGUGCGGGUACAGCGGCAGCCAUGGAGGCAGUGAAGCAUUUAAGCACAGAGGAGGAACCAAAGGAAAAAGAGGAAACAUCUGCGUCCCAGGAUACAAAUGCGAAUGUAAACAGCGAAGAGUCUAAAACCAAGGAACUUAAAGAGAUAAAUGGCAAUGAGGAAAUGGUAAGCAGUCCUUCCAAAGAGAAAGCGCACCAAAUGGAGGAUAAAUCUGCAGUUUCUUCUGGAAAUAAGCAGCAAGAAAAGGAAGAUUCUGCAAAUGAUGAGCAAAAGGAACUGGAGGAUCAUUCAGCCCACAAAAAUCAUCAGAAAAUUGAGUCAAUGGAGCCCACAGAACCGAUGGAAUCUCCAAUAAAAGCAAUGGCAAGCAAAGAACUAGCUGGUAAAUCUAUGGAAUCUCCCAUUAAAUCAUCACUAGCUAAGACCACAGAAUCUCCUCUAAGAGCCAUAGAGACCAUGCAGAAAAUGCCCACGCCCCCAACACACACACCUACGCCCCCGAAGUCCCCAACGGAAUCUUUAAGAUCCAACAAAUCCGCGCAUUCGAUGCACUCAGUAAAUCCUCAAGAGCCGAUGGCAACCGCGGCGAAGGCUGGAAGCCAGGAGAAGCUGCUACGUCCACGAACGCCAUAUCCCGAGAGCAGUGAUUCCAGCACACCGCAAACGAUCAAAAAGACACCCAUAAGAAAUUUCUCAUAUGAGGCGGCCAUGGAUCACGAUCAUCUGGACCGAACCUCGCCGGAGCUGGUGGACAGCUUGGAGACAGUGGCUGAGGUUCCUGCGGCAACCAUUCAGGUCAAUACACCCACACCACCCACAGAAGAGGACGAGCAACUGGCCGUGGAGAUAACCACGACCAACGAUUCAAAGGACAGCAGCAAAGUGAUCAACGAAAUUCGGUUCAUCAACAACGGCGUGGAUGUCACGGCCAAGGUGGAGGAACAAAUGCCAGACACUCCGCGUGGGAGUUCGCUGGAGGAGCUGGAAUCGGAUGGCGAGCAGAUGCUGCACCACGUAGACGAGCAAGUGGACAAAAUCGUAACAAAAACGGAGGAGGCGGCGGCCAAGGCCGGUGAAGAAGCAGUGGAGGCCAUGGACUCCACCCGCAGCUCCAUUCAGACGGCGGUGAGGAAGGCGGCGUACGGCGCCAAAGAUGCCAUGGAGGCUGCCGGUGAGCGGAUGGCCACCGGAGCUCGAGGAGCAGUUGAUGCCGUGGGUGGGGCUGUAGGGGCAGCAGGGAAAGGUGCCCAGCGAAUGGCCAGCGAUGCCAUGCACGCCGUGGAGCAAGCAGGCAGCAGUGCCAUGCACGCCGUGGAGCAGGCGGGCAGCAAUGCUAUGCAGACUGUGGGCCAGGUGGGCAGCAAUGCUGCCAAGGCAGCGUCCGACACAAAGGAUUCCAUGGGCAAGGCCAUGGACUCGGUGACUAGUAAGAUUUCCAACGAGGUCCUGGGCGCCAAGGAGAACAUCUCGUCUUUGUUUCAAAUAAAAGCGGCCCGCGAGGCAGAUCCGCAAACCACACCAGUUUCAACGCCCGACAUGUCCUCGAAAGAGGGAGCCCCAAAGACGACUACCACGCUGGGUUCCGGCGAGGAGGAUGAGCGGACCACAGCCUCCGUCAAUUCGAUCCACAAUUCAACAGGAAAUGGCAAUGGAAAUGGCAAUAUCUUCGACUCAAGCAAUCCCUUUGAGCCUUCGAGCAAUCCCUACGAAGAUCCCCUCGACGCGGUGGUGGAGCGGAGCAAGAAAGCGAUGCAGGACGAUAUUCGGGCCAUGCAGAUGCGCGCCAACUCCCACGUGCAGGCGGCAGUUCAGCAAAAGGAGGAGGAUGCCAAGGGCUUCAUGCAACAGAUGAUGGACAGGCUCUCGUGCCGCAAUGAAAAAGCGGUCAGAAUAGAAGAUGAAACCCGUCCGCCGGCUGCGCUGCACAACAAGAACACAAACAAGGUGAACAGCGAGCUGAGUUUAAGCAACGGACAUGGUGACCAGCCGCAGGCGUCGUCGCGGGUCUGCACGAUUUUAUAAAACACGCACUAACAGCGGCAGCACUUUUCUAAGCAAUUGCAUUUGGUUUUAAAGUACAAUUUACCGAGAAUAAUAAACAAUAAAGCAAAUUGCCAUUAAGUUUUGCACCGGGAAGUAUUACCGUA